CACCCCUUCGCUAUAGCUAAAACAUUUCUCACAAAGGGGUGUAGGGUUUAAAGAAGAUGCUUAAUAUUUUAGGUUCCAGCAGUUAUGGCCGCUGCCUCUUGUCUGUGCAAUGCGCCGGGGCUCGAGAUCGCGCGGCGGCGGCGCCAGCGGCGGCCAAGCUCUUGCUUGUGACCGGCGCCGCAGCGGCAUUCUGCUUGCUGGGCAAUCCCCGCCCGGGCAUUUGCGAGCUGCGAUCGUCAAUCUGCUCGGUGGUGCCAGGUCGAGGCCGAGGUUACGAGUAUCUGUAUCCAUCUUCUUGGAAGCGUGACAAGGUCAGAGGAAUUGAGCUUCUAGCGCAUGAUCCAGAGGCCAAGGAAUUCAACUUGACAAUUACGAGCGGACCAGCUCAAUUUAUAGUGCUGGGGUCACCAGAGGAGGUUGGACGAGCACUACUCGCUCGCUACCAGACCGUGGCCGACGUGGAAAACGUGCUCCGUUUUCUAUCAAGAGAAAAGUUUUUCUUUUUCUAAACGCGUGUUUUACAGGCGGAGCUCUUGAAGGUGGACUCUUUCCCAGAUCGUGACAGUAGCAGGAGGAGCUAUACGUUGGAGCUAAGGAUUCUUGCGAACAAUGAGUUACGACAUUUCCUGUUUAAAAUCCUCAAGACAG